UCAUCCCUGGGGUCUCCCUAGGGUGCGGACAUGGGGUCAGUGGAGGCCCCGGGGGGCAGCGGGGGCUCCGUCCGUGAGUUCACGCGCCACGCGGCCGACGUGCUGCUCAACCUGAACGAGCUGCGGCUGCAGGGGACGCUCACCGACGUCACCCUGCUCGUGGCCGGACGCCCGCUCCGCGCGCACAAGGCCGUGCUCACCGCCUGCAGCGGCUUCUUCUACUCGAUUUUCCGGGAGCGGCGGGGCGUCGUUGGCGGCGGGGUUGGCGGGGUGGAUGUGCUGUCCCUGCCGGGCGGGGCGGAGGCCAGUGGGUUCGCCCCGCUGCUGGACUUCAUGUACACGUCGCGCCUCCGGCUGUCCCUGGCCACCGCCCCGGCCGUGCUGGCCGCCGCCGCUUACCUGCAGAUGGACCAUGUGGUCCAGGCCUGUCAUCGCUUCCUCCAGGCCAGCUACCAGCCGGGAAGCGUCUCCUUGAGACCCCCCGGGGCCGAGCCCCCUGCCCGUCCACCCCCGGGCAGCCCCCGCUGCUCCGAGGGGCACCCGGACCCCCCGACCGAGUCCCGCAGCUGCGGCCGUGCCCCACCGGAUCCCCCCAACCCCGACCCCAAGGCCUGCAACUGGAAGAAAUACAAGUUCAUCGUGCUCAACUCCCGGGCCUCCCAGGGCCGGAACCGUUUCGGGGGAGAGGGGGAGGCCGCUGAGCAGGGACUCCCGGUCCGGCCCCCCAGCGGGGAUGAGGCCUCGGGGAGCAGCGGGGAGGAGGGGCCCGGAGCUGGCCCCAGCCCCCAGCACAGGCUGUCCCCGGCCCCCCACCUGCUGCUUGGACACCCAGGAAAGGGGGCUCCCGGAUCCCCCCACCCACAGUCAGGGAGCGGCCUCUUCAGCUGCCACGACUGUGAGCUGCCCUGCCCAGAGGAGGGUGGGGCGGGGGGUGUGGGACCCCCAGCCUCGGUGGAGGACAAGCCCUACAAGUGCCAGCUGUGCCGCUCCGCCUUCCGCUAUAAGGGCAACCUGGCCAGCCACCGGGCCGUGCACACGGGAGAGAAGCCCUACCACUGCUCCAUCUGCGGGGCGCAGUUUAACCGCCCGGCCAACCUCAAGACGCACAGCCGCAUCCACUCCGGGGAGAAACCCUAUAAGUGCGACACUUGCGGUUCCCGCUUUGUGCAGGUGGCGCACCUGAGGGCCCACGUGCUCAUCCACACCGGGGAGAAGCCCUACCCCUGCCCCACCUGCGGCACGCGCUUCCGACACCUGCAGACCCUCAAGAGCCACGUGCGGAUCCACACCGGCGAGAAGCCCUAUCACUGCGAGCCGUGCGACCUGCACUUCCGCCACAAGAGCCAGCUGCGCCUCCACCUGCGACAGAAGCACGGGGCCACCACCAACACCAAGAUCCGCUACCACGUCCCGGGGACCCCCUGCUGAGACCCAGGCCGGUCCAUCCCCACCCCCCACCCCGCCUCGCCACCGAGGGCUGGCCGGGCAGGACCUCUGGGUCUCCGGUGGGGGCUGGGGAGCAGGCCCCCGGGGGCCCCAAAGGGAGAGCAGGGGUAACAGACCCAGGAGGUGUGGUGGUGGGGGGGGGUCUGCAGCCGUUUCGCUGGUCGAAAUCUCUCUCUUUCCCUGCACCCCUCCCUCUCGGGUGUGUGUUUGUUGGGGGAGGAGGACACCUGGGUCCCCCAGGAGCUGAUGGAGCAGGGAGGAGGCAGGACAUCCCUUCUGCCGCUGCUCCUCUGUAAAUAUAAUUUAUUGGGGCCCAGGGCUGGGGACGACCCUUCCCCAUUAGCUUCUUUCCCACCCCCACCCCGGGAGGAGGAGGUGGGACAUGAUGGAUGCAGGGAUGUGAGGAGACUGCCUGAUCUCCCCUCAGCAUUCCCUCACCUCUCCCACCUCCUGCAUCCCGAUGGGAAGGGGGUGUGUGGCAGGAAGUGACCUCGCUUCCAUAUGAGAUGAGGUCACUGCUCCGCAGGCGGAGCCUACCACCAGCCCAUACUACCACCCGGCUUGGAAGAGAAUUCUCUUUCGAAGUCAGUUUCUUCUUUUAGUGUCUUGACCCCUGCUGCCUGGCAGGCUCUAGCAGCUACUCCAGAAGAGGUCAGGCACCUCUUGGGUUCUGGAGCCGGGUAGGGCCAGUACUGGAAAACCGUUCCUACGGAGGGUCUAGAACUGGAUCUGUGAUCCAGCUUCGGGACUGAAAGUGAGCGAAGGCCUGUGACGGGUUUUAAAAGGCCAGGUGCUCUUGGGAAGAGGCAAAUGCUUCCAAAAAGGUCUAAGACUCUGAAAGUUACUUAGGCCCCUUCAUAGAAAGACUGUUCAAGUUCUGAGACUCCGUGGCCUGGAAGAGUUGGGUGUGGAAGACUUUGUGGGGGACACGUGAGCCCCUCAUUUCUCACAGGACUAGCCUGGCCUUGGAUGGGAGAACCUAGCUUCUCUCAGAUUCUUCCUUAUCUGGAUCUGGGGUAACCCUUAUCCCUCUAGAACCAGAUCUGGUAACCUUUGGGGUUUUAGCACUGUCAGUCUCCUCUCUGGUAUUUUAGAAUGUCUCGAGUUCCAGAAUACUUAAAAAUCGGGUCAAGGCCCCUGUCUCGAAGAGGGUCUGAAGCACCUUUCCCUCCCUGGCAUUUUAGAACAAAACCCUCUGGGAUUCUGGAACUCUGAC